AUGCCGUUGAGGCGGACGAAACUCGCAGGAAGUGCCCGAGGAAGCGACCGGUUAAGCCGGGAGAUGCGACAGAGCAACCUGGCUCUCUUCAUCCAGCAGUUUGAGAAAGAAGCUCAACAACGUAUGAACGAGUUGGAGGCCAAAAUGGAGAACCAUCUGUCCACAGUGGACAAAGUUUUCAAAGUGGAGAUGAUGAAGAUGCCUCCACCUCUGCAGAAUACUCUCAUGGGGGAUGUGAUGAGCGAGGAAGACACUUCAGCAAGUGAGGUUUCCAUAGCCAUGAAGAGCGAGUCCCGUGAGAUGCAUAGAAGAAUGCCUAGUAAGAGAGUAAAAUCAUCCGAUUCUCCUCCAGUCAUCUCUCCAUCUCAGAGAUCCUCAACCAAAACCCCAAAGGUAGGAAGGGUGACAAAAGGGACCAGGACAUUAGUCGGCAGCAACAGCACUGGAAGUCUUGCGGUUGCCUCAACAACGGUUAAAAGAAGUCAAAGCCGCUUGGCAAGUCGCAAGACCACUGACCAAACUGGAUCAACCCAGAGGAAACGGAAACUCAGAUCUGUCGUGUCGGCUGGGGAUCUGCACUGUUCGGUGCCGGGAUCUGCUGCACACAUCACCGUGACAACAGCACGGGGGGAGAUGGUUAGUUUUUCUGAAGACACCAAGGAUGAAAUUAACUUGGACUUGCUGGAUGACGUUGCGUGGUGUCAGAUCCAGAAGCUUACGAGUCUGAUGGAGUAUCUUUCACGGCGAAGUCGCUCUGAGCGAUGAGCCAAGAUGUCCCGAGUCUCCACCGUGGCCUGAAUGUUCC